AAGUACACUACAGGUCUCCGAUAGUGGACUACUUCAUCUAUUAAGCUUUGUUUUGAUUGACUGAAUCCGUUAUCCUUGCGUAGGGUAUCUAUUUUGGCUUAUUUAACCUCUUUAUCAUAAGUAGCAUUAUUCUUCGAAUUUUGAUCCUAGGACCAUUUCUUGUUGCAAACCUUCCGAAUCUGAAACUCGAUCGUAUAUUGUACUAAACUUGACAACUUCACACACCAGUUUUUCUUUUUGACUUGGGAGCUGCACGUAAACUAACAUCAUGUUGUCCUCGUCGAGAUCUGGUGUUGUUUCGAAGGCGGGCGCCUUGUUGUGUUGCCUCGGACUGUUUUCUCCGACUGGCGUUGCGGGAGCGGGGCCUUGGUGCCAUAGAGGUCCGGUCAAGUCCACGGGGAUCACCAAUAGAAAAGACAUAAAGAUACAGACAAGUUCGCGUGACGCGGAAAGCUUGUGGACACCCACCAGGAUCCGUGAAGACCGUGAAGAGAGCGAACGGAAAUUUCUGGCCUUCUUAUGGCAGAAGUAUGGAGGGAUUCCUCGGGAUACGAUCCCUGUUCAGAGAAGGGCUGAUCUGGAUGAGUUUAACCGUCGUCAAACCGAUAACGAUAUAGAGUUAGAGGAAUUAGCUGCGAAGACCCCUGAGUUGUUGCCUGAGCAAGAUAGAGAGCGCGGUUCCGCCGAUGCGACUACGGCUGGAAGCGUCGCUGGAAGUUCUUCAGCUGCGGCUCAAAGUGCAGCUCCAGCUGCGACUGAAUCGGCGGACGAUUCUUGGACGUCACCGGAGUAUUGGUCGAGGUCGACGCCGAGUCUUGACUGGGAAAGAUCGCAACUACGCCAGGCAGGCUUGCACCAGGACGUGUAUCCUGGAGGUGAGUUCCGGGGGGAUUUUGAUCCAGACCUUCGACGCACCCGGAAGAACCACUGGGACGAGGACUGGUACUAGGGCGACUGGUAAACUUAGAUGGUGCGAGCGAGCAACCUGUGUAUAUCACUACAUUCGUUCUACAUGCUAUGGAUGCGCAAGAAAACUUAGCGAUCUUCUAUAUCGACGAGGACAAGGAACAGGAAGUAGGAGGACCGACAAAAUGGGUAGUGAACAAGAGCUAUUUUUUUUUCUUCGGUUCAACCCAAAAAGACAGACUAAGCAUUACCAACUCUCGCAAUUUGCUCCGGAUACAGUGAUCUACUCGGACUUCUUUAUUUUCUUGCUUUUGUGCAAUUACAGUAUACAUGAAAGACCUCUGACAUACUACUUGUGGCUCUAUAUUACCUCAUAUGGCUCUUAUAUAUAUACGGCAUCGGAGAUCUGGACACCCUCGCAUGUCCCGAGCGGCUUGCGCGGAUCCCCACUUAUGCUAGAUGCUGCACGGCAGAAGGUGAUAGCACAGACGACGAGCACUGAACCCAUGUCGGGAGAUCAGUGCUGUUCCUAACAUUCUAACUUUCAGCGAUCCACCCUGCAUAGACCUCCUGUUAACACAGGCAGCAGCAUCAACUUCUGAACGCCAUAUACCUAUAAGUAUAAGUAAAGUACUGCAACUCAUAAGUAAGCCGCUGCUCGACUCCAUGGAGUUGAAGUGCGCACUUUUGUGAUAGAAGAAAAGAAAAGUACACAGGCAGCAGUUUUUCAGUGAAUCGCUGAAGAGCGGCAACCACUGUGAACAAGUACCACGUACACGCAAACUCAAUCCAAAUGAUCAAGCAUGUCCCGAUUUCAAAGCUUUACCUUCGUGAUGAAGAAGAUAGCGGCAUGAAUUAUGUCGUGCAGGCAAGUAAUCUCUUUACCUCUUUGUUUGGCCAAAAGUUGUACGAGGGCGCACCAAGCACGCACGUACAGCAAAACGGCAACAACCAUGACGACAACGAGAAGGGGCCUGCGUUGUAUAAUUCUCAUCGUCUCUGUCUCUCGAAACCCCAGCCCCACUCCGUGUAAAAACACUAAGAGUGCUCGAUUAGAAAUCUUAGAAAUACAGAUGGUGAACUACACCGACCCUAGACCACCCGUACAGUGAUGAAGGUUUUCGCGCCAAAAGAACCUUGGCAUAACUCUGCCAAAGAUGCAGAGCCAACGGAAGUUGUAGCGGCGUAGCGGCACCAUCGCCCUCGCAACGAACACGUAUUCUGAAAGACAGCCUGAAUUUGCGUGUCUUCUUGCGUCCAUG